AUGCCUGGGAACGAACUUGGAGAUAGGGUUCACAAUUUCUUUGCACAAGACAAUUCGUCGCAAGGGCCGCAUCAAUCGCAUGUUCUGGAAGGUAACUGGCCUGUGCUAAACAGCAAUUAUUGGGUUGGCAGUCAGAGGCAGAUUGAUGUACUGAGCUCCAACAAUAAAAACUACUCUUCGCAAAAUUCCGAAAUUGAUAGAGGACAGGCCAACCAUCAAGUUCAUGUGCCUCAUGGCUUGAACUUUUCCCAAUCAAAUCUGAGACCUGAUACUUCUAAGGCUCAGUACGUAAUUGAGCAGCAGUAUUCAAAUGGCAUUGCGUAUGGAAACCAGUUUCAUCUGAAUAGGCAGAAUGGAUCAAACUUUCUGGCAGUGGAUUCGAGCUCUAAUCAGCGUCAGCUACUAUCCUCGAGAGCCUUAUCUUUCCCGGAAACACAUCAGGGGAGUGGCCAUGAACAUGAAAAAGCUCCAGACAGGUCGGACACAUCUGUAGCUCCUGUAAGUCUUGAUCUAUUUGGUGGUCAGCAUCAGAUGAACCAUCAACAAGCAAGGAUGUUGCAGGCAUUACAGCGUCAGCAAUCUGGCCUCAAUGAUAUGCAACAAAUGCAACAACAAAUCAUGAUGCGGAAAAUGCAAGAGUUUCAAAUGCAGCAGCAAUUUAAACAGCUUGAUCAUCAAGAUCUCACCAAUCCGGUUCCGGCCUUUAUCAAACAGACAUCUGGCAGUCAGACCAAUAUGGGUAAUGACAAUUCAAAUUCUGAUGCUUUUCAGUAUCCAUGGACAGCUGAGUCUGGUACUAGUUGGCUGAAUGGUUCUUCAGCCAUGCAAGGGUCCCCCAAUGGACUUGCUUUUCCACAAAACAUGACCCAGUCACAACGUUUAAUGGAUUUGGUGCCUCAACAGGCUGAUCAGUCUCUUUACGGAGUUCCUGUUUCCUCUUCAAGGGGAUUGACAGCGAACCAAUAUCCUCAGAUGGUGACGAGUAGGUCUUUUAUGCCACAGAUGGAAGCCUUUAGCAAUUCUCCUCACGGUAGUCAACAUAAUCUUUCAUCUGAUCAAAUUAGUGUACAGGAGUCGACUCCCAUUUCUAGACCGAAGUUUCAGAUUGAAAAUACUGUACACGCUUCAAAUCAAUCACUAAAUACAGGGAUUAAUGAUAGGGGACUCCACCAACAAUUGAAUUCUAUGCCAAGAAAUGAAUCACAACUGCACUUUGCUAGAAAGCAGGAUCCACCUGCUCAGUCAGAGACCUCACAUGAAAGAUCUGCCCGGCAAUUUUCUUCAUCUCCGAGUGAAGCUGCCCUAGAUCCUACAGAAGAGAAGAUUUUGUUUGGUUCAGAUGAUAAUAUAUGGGCUGCCUUCGGGAAGAGCCCUAAUAUGAGCGGAGACACUACAGGCAAAUUAUUUGAUAAUGGUGGGUUAUCUAAUGGAUUUCCGUCCAUUCAAAGUGGUAGCUGGAGUGCUCUUAUGCAGUCUGCAGUUGCAGAAACUUCUAGCAGCAAUGUAGGUCCGCAAGAGGAGUGGAGUGGUUUGAAUUUUCUUAGUAAUGAUGGUUCUUCCGCAAAUCAACCCACUUUGAUGCACAAUGAUUACGUAAAGAAAGCGUCUUUGCCCGAAGACGAAAUGCGGAUCCCUUCAACCCUGAAUUCUGGAUCAGUUCGUUCAUCUGAGGAUAUAAACACUGGUAAUGCUUUGGGAUCGAAUAGACUUCCGGACAAGUUCCAGCAGGAACCUGGGAUGAGAGUGUCGACUGAUAGAUCUCAAAGAUUGAGGCAGUCUUUGGAUGGAUCUAGCAAGUGGUCUAAUCACAAUACCCUACAAAAAUCAAUUGCUGAAGGGGGCCAAAUAUAUGAAAAUGCCUCGCAACAUUCCCCGGAUGUGGAGAGGACUACCAAGAAGGUAUCUGCUACUUGGUUCCCUGGGCAGACUGGAACUGUACUAGAACGAAAUGGUUGGAAUGCUCAGGCAACCGUACCACCUGGGGGUGAUGAAGUGAAAAAUCAUGAAGCUCAAUUGCCACAAAAGUCGCAGAACAACCAGUUGAUGGUAAUGCAAGAUGUACAGGAAAAAUCUUUAUGGAAGUCGAAUUCUCCUAGUUCUGCGAUCGAUUUUGGCCCUGUUAAAGUUGGAAACCACUUAGUGGAUAAAGGGCUUCUGAGUUUAAAUCAUGCUACUGCUUCGGUAACAAGCUCAUGCAGCAUGGGAGUUUAUGAUGGAAACAGUUCAUUUGUUCCUAAUAGUAAUUUGCUCAAUCAGUGGAAGAGUGCAUAUCCUCAAGCCAAAUUCCAGGGGAGUGACUGCUUGGGGAGCAAUCAGGGUUUGGACUUGUCAAAUAGAAAUAACAAAGAUGAAGUUAGAAGACUGGAUAUGGACAAUUUUCCUGUGAAGGAGAAUUCUAGUGAUAGCCAUCUCUCAAACUUAUCUCAGCAUGCUUCUGGUGGCUUCAGAGAAGCAGGAUUCUCCGAUGCAUGCGACUCAAGGUCUUUGCCCCCUGGGAAACAGAAGUUAACCAAUCAGCUUGCUGGUAAAGUUUCUGUUCCUCGCAAGUUUCAGUACCAUCCCAUGGGAAAUUUGGAUGAGGAUGUGGAACCUACUUUUGGGUUGAAGCAGCCUUUGCAGCCACUGUCCAGCUCCCUGCAGAAUAACCAUUUUGGUCAGACAAGUCAGGUCUCAAGAUAUUCUGCUGUAACAGAUGAGGGUGAGUGUCGAAAAGACAAUAAGGGGGGGAGUAGCAAUGAUCCUACCCAUGGCAGCUUUCCUGGUAGCGCCUCUAGAGUACCUUUUCCGUUUAACCGCCCCCUUGAUUCAAACAUGCUGAACAACACCUCGUCACCUAGUCAAAAUAUGUUGGAGCUCCUUCAUAAGGUGGAUCAGUCAAGAAGUGAUGGUGCUGUGGCUCAUUUAGGUUCUUCUGAUUGCAACAUAUCAUCUCAGCCACCAGAAACGGAGAAGUCUGAUGGGUCUGCUGGCCACAUCCAGCAUUCUUCCGUUUCCAAAGGUUUUGGAUUGCAACUUGGCCCUCCAUCACAACGUGUUCAUGCUCCUGAUCUUUCGUUACCUUCUCAAAAUGCUCGGGACAUGGUCAAUUCCAUGCAUACUAGUCAUGCUGGUGCAGAAAUGAGAGACAAGAUGCUCCAAGCAUCUUCAGUGCAAUCUUUGCCUUUUUCUAAUAAAGGAUCUCAGUAUGAAAAUGACAGAGCUGCAGGUCCAGGCAACCUUGGGGAUGAAAACUCUAUGUACAAGUCGCCUCGCAAUCCUGGGGAUGAAAACUCUAUGCACAAGUCGCCUCAACUAGCACUUGACACUCCAUAUGCAAGAAGUCAACUGCAAAAUAAGCAUAUAAUGAGAGGAAGUGGAAAAAUGGCUAUGGUUGAGCAAAUUGAUUCCUCUUUCAGUGGUAAUACUUCACAUUCUUCACAAAGAGGAUCUGCAGAGACUGUACAACCUGAUGCUUCUCGCAGUAUUCAAAAGCUUAAUCUUGCAUCAUACAUCACCGGUGCUUCUGAUAUACAAGGAAGUGGUACUGUUGCAACGACUUCAACCAGGGAUCAGAUCCACAGUUCUCAUCAUUUCGGUAUGCCCAGAAAUUCUCAACCAAUUUUGCAGAACAUUUGGAACAAUAAUCCUUCAUCUCAACAUUCCUUGGGCUCUCUGUACCCAAGGACCUCUUCACACCUUUCAGCACCACACCAGCCAAAUAUUGUGGAGUCAAGUCAUGCUGAUCUGCGUGAUAGCAAAGGGGACCAUCUUUCAUCUAGAUUAGGUUCAGUUCAUGCGAAUACUGAAGGUGUAGUUGAUGAGGAAGAACGUAGGUUGAAGGAAAGCGCUGGAAAGGUGGCGAACAUUGAUUCAAUACCAAAUGCCGGAGAAUCUCUGGGCAAAACAUCCUCCACCAAGGAUAAUUUGGAAGAGUUUCCUGUUGAUUCUGCUUCAACCCAGAAGGAUAUUGAAGCCUUCGGUCGAUCCCUAAAACCUAAUGCCUUCUCUAAUAAAAACUAUCCAUUGCUAAAUCAAACGAGUGUCGAUAAAGAUGCACAGAUUGAUCCAAGCAUUAGGGUCUCGAAGAGGAUGAAAGGACCUGAUAAUAUUUUUGAUGUUCAUCAAUUUCAUCCCGAAGCAGGGCAGCAAAAUGGAGAUAAUGUUGGAGAUAUGAUUGGUUCAAGUACGCGAGUUUCAUCUGAAGAUUCUAGGAUGUUCAGAUUUUCUUCAUCACCUGAUAUGAGGCAGAGGAACACUGCUCCACGCGGAAAUAUUGCAUCACAGGAUAUUGUGCUUUCUGGUCUCAACGCUACUCAGAAUAACCCUUCUUCUGGUUGUACUACUUCUGUGAGGGCUGAGGAUCAUCAGGUUGCCCCACAGAUGGCACCAUCCUGGUUCAACCAAUAUGGGCACUUAAAAAAUGGGCAGAUAUUCUCUGUAUAUAAUGCACAUCACGUCACCUCUCUUGAACCAAAUGAGCCAUCAUCUACUGUAGCCAAGUCUUCAAACAUUAUGGAUGCUCCUAGUUUAGAGGAGAAUAGUCCUGCCGCUUCAGUUGGUGCUUGUCAAGUUGGUGAGCAUCCGGUGAUUUUAAGACCCCAAAAGCGCAAGACUGCAUCUUCUGAACUUCAUCCUUGGCAAAAGGAAAUAUCAGAUGGAUCACCAAAUUCUUUGGUUCUCAGGUAA